CAGUUGUUAUCGGCACGCACCGCAAAAAAGCAAAGCCCAUAAUUAAUAUUAUUUAUUAAUAACUAGCCAAUCGACAUGUGAAACUUGCGCACUUCUUCCAACCAACGAGAAGAGCAGGAAGAGUAGCACCGACACAGCUCCGACAGACCAAGGAACUGCAUAACUCCGCCGCCGAAUCUUGAUAUAGCGUAAUUGACGUUCUUGUGGACGGCGUUUGUCCUAUGUCUUGUCUCAGCGUUUAGCUUGUUGAAUUCUCGACAAACACUCACCAUUACCCGAGUGACCAGUUAUCUGGAAUCUGCCAAUACAACCAGUACCGUUGCAACCGGUGGGCUUCGGAGCGGUAUGCGGAUACAGCAGAAAACCUGGAACACCGAGCAAAAAAAAUUCUCGAAACCCUCCCUGUCACCAGAACCACAUGGCAACUCGAUGCAGACUGCAAGUGAAGUCUACGUGAAGCAAAAACUAGCAAGCGAUGCAGUAGCUGCGGACAUAUACAUGGAGGAGUCAAAAGAUUUGUUUUCGGAUGGCAAGAACAGUGGUUCACAACCAGUCCAAGUCCACUGCGAAGCGAGUGACAUCUUCUUCAUCGAUACGAAAGGUGAACAGCCGAAAAGCCCAGCAUCGGUCGACUUUACACCAUUCAGCGCAAUGAGCUCGAGCAUACUUGACAGCAGUGAAGAUGAAGUUGUCUUCAGCGGAAGACGAGAGGCUCGGAGCCCUGUAGGAAUCAAUGUGAACGAAGAAUCGGUAGGGCCAGUUAUGGUGAAAGUCGUGGACGACAGUGAAUGGGUUACGACAAAGACGCUCACUGAAAGAUCACUUGACCCUGGUCCGACUAUACGGCCAAAUGUGAAUAGCAAGUGGGAAGAAACUCUCACUCUCGAAAAACCACGAUGGCCUCGAAGGUCACGGCAGAAAAAGUCUUCUCGCAAGGAUGACACAGCUAUUUUAAGGGACUAUAUUGAUAACAUGGACCCGCAGUAUGCGUUCGACUUAUCGCCUAGUGGCGAGGAGUCACAGCUGAUAAAAGGACAUCAGGCUGAACGUUCCACACCCCAAAAAUCGAAGGGAAAAAAUGGCAUUACGGAACGAAGCUUGGAAGAGAGUUCCACGGAUGAUGAUCACGACGAGGAUACCAGCGAUACUAGCGAUACCAGCGACUCAGCAUCGUUGGACGAUAUCCUGACCUAUUUCAGAAAUCAACCAUCGUCCCGUGGCUCGAAAUCAAAAAUAAAAGGACGAAAAGCUGCAUCUCCAGCGAUUUCGGAUGAUUUUCUGGACUUGGAAGGGUAUGGAAGUUUUGACAUCAUGGACAUUGAACCUAGCAUUCGAAAGAAAAAGAAAAAAGGCCGUAACCUCGACUUUGACCUAAGUGACAGCGAUCUAGAGCUCCACUUAAAGCAAAGUUGGGAAAAAGACAGAGGCAAGAAGAAAGCGAGGAAGAAGGAGAGAGAGCAGCUUCGUGCUCAAGGUCUACUAGGGCGGAAGCAAAAGCCAUCUAGCAAAUCUGCGAUAAGCAUCGGCCUUGACGAGGUGAAAACGAAACUCAGGAGUUUUCUUCAGUCAUCCGCUGAAAGCCUGGACCUACCACCAAUGAGAAAGAACCAAAGACGACUGGUACAUGAGAUGGCAAACGCUCUUGGGUUGAAGUCGCAAUCGAGAGGAAAGGGCUUCACAAGGUAUCCUGUCAUGUAUAAGACAUCUCGCACACCUAACUUUUCAGGCAAACACAGUGUGAAGCUGGAAAAGAUAUUAUCGCAGCCUCGAUUUAUCCCGAGUGUGAAUCAUCCUGCUCCCACGAACUACGUCGACAGGCGAGAGAAGAAAGGGAAGCGUCCACAGCACAAGGGCGACGUUUCGUACCUUGAUGGGGAUGUUGUGGGAGCCUCUGCGCCGGAAAUCGGGGUCAAUAAUAAGGGUCGCGCAAUGCUAGAAAAGAUGGGCUGGAGUUCUGGAACAGCACUAGGUGCUAUAGACAACAAAGGUAUCCUACAACCAGUGACCCAGGUUAUGAAGAAUUCUCGUGCGGGUUUGGGUUAGAAGGGGAAGUCGUGUUCUACGUAUUCCUUGACCUUAUUUGUUGCAUUUUAG